AAAGCUGCAGGCAUUACUGAAUUACAGAAUCCACAGAGAGAGAGAGACACACACACACACACACACACACACACACACAGUUACAGAGAGAGAUAGAAGCGAUCUCAAAACAGCAUCACUCUCUGCUAGACAGUGAACAGAUAGAGAAGAGAACAGAACAGCGUGAUCGCACAAGCAUUAGACAGAAAGACAAAGAUAUGAGGUUGAUUAGACAGCAGUGAAAUUACCUGAGGGCAAAAUAGAAGAGUGGAAAAAAAGAGUGUGGCUUUUAAUCCUCUUGGCAUGCGAGUGUAUUCCUGGCUUUUUGGCAACUGAGUGUGUGAGUGGUCACCCUGUGUGUGAGUGUGUGCUGCAGAGUUUGUCAGUGGUGUUGGGACGCUUUGGACUGGAAUGUAUCUGAGUUAACCGCUGGGGACUUUUGGGAAGACACAAUGCUGGGAAAGGAUUACAUGCUCGCCAUCAUCAUCGUCAACUAUGACGAUGACAUCUGGAAUGAUCAGAGUCUGGAGAUGGACUCAGAUCUGCCUCCUGGAUGGCGCACCAUACGUGACAGCACUGGCACCUAUUACUGGCACGUGCCCACGGGCACAACACAGUGGCAGCACCCCUCCUACAGUGCAGAGGAGGAACAAAACACCAUUAACGGCAUAACUGCCAGCCAGAUCAAGACUGCAGCAGAUGGCAGACGGGAAUCAAGAGGCAGACUGACUGAAAACCCUCUGCCGUCUCUGAGCGAAAGGCCCUCCUGGCAGGAAGAGUAUUUCUGUGCCAACAUGGAUCCAGACUCCAAGUGUUUCGCUGUGCGCUCACUUGGCUGGGUUGAGAUCCCUGAGGAGGAACUGACCCCUGGAAAAAGUAGUCUGGCGGUGAACAACUGCAUCCAGCAGCUCUCUCACAGCAAAGCAGAGGGCCGGGAUGCAGUGGGCGCCUGGGGAGAGGGUCAGGAUAUGAUGAUGGUCCUCAAGAAGGACACUCUCAGUCUAAUGGACCCUGUGGACCGCAGCCUCAUCCAUUGUCAGCCCAUAAUCAACAUCCGUGUAUGGGGGGUGGGCUGCAACAAUGGCAGGGACUUUGCCUUUGUGGCCAGUGAUAAAGACACCUGCAUGCUCAAGUGCCAUGUGUUUCGCUGCAACGCUCCAGCCAAGACCAUUGCAUCUGCCCUGCAUGAGAUGUGCUCCAAGAUCAUGUCAGAGAAGGCAGCACUGCAGCCCUCUAUGGCCCGUUCUCUCACCAUGGAGAGUAUCUCCCCAGAGGACUUCCCCCGUCAGGUUGACUUCCUGGAAUCAGUGAGGCAAAGGGUGCAGAAGUUUGAGGUGGAGUACAUUGGAAACCUGCCUGUAUCCAGAGCAAUGGGAAUGGAAGUGUUGAACAGAGCUAUUGAGAGCAUCAUGCACUCCAGAGACAGAGAUGAGUGGGAGCCGAUAGUCAUCCAUGUGUCUGAUACAGUUAUGUCUUUGUGGAAAGGAGAGGAUGGAGAUGACCCAUUUUGGGAAAGCCAAGUACGUUACUUGACUUUCCUAGGUGUGGGUCAUGACACACACACCUUUGCAGUCAUAGUGGAUGCAGGAACCCAGCGCUUUGAGUGCCAUGUGUUUUGGUGUGAGCCCGAUGCUGGGAUCAUCUCUGAGGCAGUUCAGGCUGCAUGCAUGGUCCAAUACCAAAAGUGUUUGGUUGCACAAACUCCUCCUGUGAGGUCCAAAAUGUGGCGGGCAGGCUCCAAAGUCAAACGAGCCAACUCCAUGGAUAGCUCUAGCUUCCCGCCUUGGCACCAAGGACACACACCUUCUAAAAUGGCUUCUCCCGGCGUGAAGAAGGGCAUGCUGGCAUUUUUUGAGACAUUCCGGAAUAAACAUUCAGCAGUAUCCACACCCUAACAACAGCAACUCGGUGAGGGGUUUUGAGGAGGGAGAUAUGAGGAGAUGGAGAGAUGGAAGGAAUAAAUUCAACAUUAAGCCUAAAAAAGUUGAAGAAAUAUCAGUAUCCUUUGCCUUUGGCAUUUUUAGAAAAACCCAACUUAACUUCCCCAGUAUGACUUCACACACACACACACACACACACACACACACACACACACACACACACAAACACCUAUUUGCCCUUAAUAAGAGUGUUUUGAGGAUUAAUGUAUCGGAAUGUAGGUGUGCAGAACAGCGUUUAAAUGACAUUAAGGUGCUGUGCUCUCACAUUCCAAAAACUGACAGAACUCCAAACCCUCUGUAACAUAAAUGCUGUUAUAAAACAGUUACUGUCCUCAAAUGUGAUUGGUAAAAGGCUCAUUUUCUGCGCACAGACCGACAGGGAUUUUCGCAUUAGUCGACGUCUGGCAGUGCAAUGUGAAUUAGAGUACAAAUUCUCUUGGACUUUGUAUCACUUCACUUGUCUAUUUGUUCCAGACAGACUGUCAGUGUAUAUUGGUGCAUGGGAUUUUUCAUUGACUAGUUCUGAAGGCUACACUGUUAUGGUAAUAGGUGGUGAGAAGUAAAGAGUGUUUAUGAAUCUAGUGGACCUUUAUCAAGUAAACUUCUGCUGACAACGUUACAGUCCGGCUCGUGGACACUCUGUAUGAUGUAAGUUUCAUCUUCAGCACUGUCCGCUGGUGUUUGUGCACCACAUUCAGGUGCUUGGCUCUGUACAGCCUUGUGCAUGCACAUGUGAAAGUUAUUUGAGUGCUUGAAACAAAUGUCCAAACUAGGGAUAUGCC